UACACCGCCUCUUCCAGAAAGGAAGGGGCCCCACCCUUCUGCAGAGGCUUCCAAGCUCGGAACGUUGUGUAUUCUGUCCUCUCUUAUCCCAAAGUCUCCAGAUGGCUCAGUGUGUGACCAAAGUCCAGCUGUCAAUCUCCUGUACAAACUUGCUGGAUAAAGACAUUGGUUCCAAGUCAGAUCCUCUCUGUGUAGUUCUACAAAGUGUUGGCGAUGGAAAGUGGUCAGAGUUGACUCGGACUGAGAAAAUCAAGAACUGUCAGAGUCCUGAGUUCUCCACCAAGCCAGUCAUAGACUACUAUUUUGAAAAAGUGCAGAGCAUAAAAUUUGGGAUCUACGAUAUUGAUAAUAAAUCUGUGGACCUAAAUGACGAUGACUUUCUUGGAGGAUUUGAAUGUACUAUUGGUCAGAUUGUAUCAAAUCGCACACUGAAUGGCCCUCUGGAACUAAAGAAAGGGAAACUUGCUGGAAAAGGAACGAUUUCUAUCACUGCGGAAGAGCUCAAAGACACAAGGGUUGUGAAUUUAGAAGUAGAAGCCAGGAAUUUGGACAAAAAGGAUUUGUUUGGUAAAUCAGACCCAUUCCUUGAAAUCUUCAAACAAGGAGAUAGUGGAAGCUGGCAGCUGGCCUACAGAUCAGAGGUUAUCAAGAACAAUCUCAAUCCUGUCUGGAAAAAGUUUAGUGUUCCAUUGCAGACAUUAUGUGGAGGAGACUUGAAUAAGCCCAUCAAGGUUCAUUGUUCUGAUUAUGAUAGCGAUGGCUCUCAUGACUUAAUAGGGAUCUUUGAGACUAACUUGUCUCAGCUGCAGAAGGCUGGAGGAGGGACUCCGGUGGAGUUUGAAUGUAUUAACCCAAAGAAGAAACAAAAAAAGAGUUACAAGAACUCUGGAGUUAUCCGUGUCAAAUCAUGCAAAAUCGAUGUGGAAUAUUCCUUCUUGGACUAUGUGAUGGGUGGCUGUCAGAUCAACUUCACGGUGGGCAUAGACUUCACUGGCUCCAAUGGGGAUCCUAAGUCUCCAGACUCUCUUCACUACAUCAGCCCAAGUGGGGUGAAUGAAUAUCUGACUGCAAUCUGGUGUGUAGGCAAUGUUGUUCAGGACUAUGACACAGACAAACAAUUCCCAGCAUUUGGAUUUGGUGCUCAAGUGCCUCCACAAUGGCAGGUUUCGCAUGAGUUUGCCUUAAACUUCAACCCCAACAACCCCUAUUGUGCAGGUGUUCAGGGCGUAGUGGAUGCUUAUCGGCAAGCCCUGCCACAGGUCCGUCUCUAUGGCCCAACAAACUUCUCACCAAUUAUCAACCAUGUGACACGAUUUGCAUAUAGUGCAGCACAACAGAAAACUGCAUCUCAAUACUUUGUCCUUCUAAUCAUCACUGAUGGGGAGAUCACUGAUCUGAAUGACACCCGAAAUGCCAUUGUCCAAGCCUCAAAACUUCCUAUGUCUAUAAUCAUCAUUGGUGUUGGAAGUGCAGAUUUCAAAGCUAUGGAAUUCCUGGAUGGGGACAAUGGGGUCUUGAAGUCUGCGAGUGGGGAAGCAGCUGCAAGAGACAUUGUACAGUUUGUCCCAUUUCGGAACUUUCAAAAUGCACCCCGAGAAGCUCUAACUCAAGCAGUUUUGGCUGAAGUCCCCAAACAGCUGGUCUCUUAUUUCAAGUUGCUGGGACUGACCCCUUCGAAGCCUCCACAACAGACAACCAUUUAGGCGAUUUAAACCAGGAAAUCACGCUGCUCCUCUAGUCAUAAUACUUAUAGCAUUCAUAAAUCUUUAUAUCAUUCCCUUUUCCUAAACCUCUAUAUUUUGGUGAAUUUGAAUCCUAUUGCAACAUAUAAUUCUAGUAAGACACAAGCAUUUUAACUUGGUGGACCUGACAGGAAGGGAUGAUUCAUUCUAAAUCCACGCUUGAAGCUGCUUUGACCUUUCCUGUAAUUUUUCUAUUUGUAUGUAUAGCUUAUAUGGGCUAUAUGGGUGUCCCAUCAUCAAUCUCAAGAUAUUUUUUUACAUUGUGGUAGUAGCACAAUCAAUUGUUUAGAAAGUUGCACUUGAAAUCCCC